AUGACCCAAUCCCUUACCGAUGCCGCACUGGUUCUUGACCCGAGCCAUCCCGACAAUGCCGAGUCCAAGGAGGGGCAAGGAGGCGAUGAGAUCGACUUGGACGACGAAGAGGCCGUAUAUCGCGCGGUCGUAGGGAUUCAGUUACCCGACGAUCAUGGCCACGACUUCAUGUCUCUGUAUGAGAUGGUCCGUCGGGUAGCGGACGAUCAGAUGUCGUUAGUGGCUCGGAUGGAUCGUUCCCGUCGGCUGUCAGCGUGCUUGCAGGACGAGCUACAACAUACUUUCCCCGUGGGUCCUUCGUCUCGAAACGCGGCUAUCUUGCGGUUGGCUGACAAUUAUGAGUUCACCCGAGGCGCCCUUCGAGGGGUGCAGGACCAUCUCCGAGUCCGGGAACUGGAAUUGGAGCGAGAGCGAGAGCAACACGAGGCCGUACAGCUGGAGCGCGACGGCCUUGUGGACCAGAACAAUUGUUUGGCCGAAGAAAACUUUAUGCUUCGUUUGCGUUUGUCGCAAGCGAAUACGUCUGUCGAGAGAGCGGUAGCCGAUGCCCAUAGUCGCCAGCAGAUCCGAGCUACGGAGGAGGAUCGGGCCGAAAGACUUGCCGAGGCUCUUCGACUUGAGGUGGCCGAGCACAAGACCUUGCUAAAGGAUCAGGGGGUUGUGCUCGAAAGCAUGCAAGGCGAACUCGAGGUGGCUCGUGCUAGAGCUGAUGCCGAUGCCCGGACCGUGAAGACCAAAUCUGUUCUGACUCAGUUAGCGGCCAGGGGACGGUCCAGUGUGGUGGCGGCGCAUGACGAUCUCCUGCAUGACCUAGAGGUGUUUCGGGACGAAUUUCGGAAGCAAACCGAGGCACUGGCCGUCAUGACGGCCCUGAAGGAGCACAGGAGCCAGGCUCUACAGGAUAGCCGGCGCGAGGUCGAACGCCUAGCCGCCGAGCUGCGACAUCCAAAAACGAAGCACAGUCCGUCACCGCUCUUCUCGGCAGCGUAUCAGGCGAUGGAGACCAAGCUGGCUGCGGUAACGGCUCAGAACCAAGAGCUCCGAACCGAAAACGCCGACAUUAGCCGUUGUGCUUCCGAGACUCAACGCGCUUUGGCCGAACAAGUUGAAGUGUGGUCGGCUCGUGUCCUCAAGUUAGAGGCGCAGACGCGAGACCAACGUCAAGUUUCCAAACGUCGCGUCAAACAGUUGAAUGCUUCCCUCCUCGCGGUCAAGCAGUCGGUACGCUACUUUCAAGGGUCGGCGCGAAAUCUCCACGCACAGCUUCGGGACUCGGUCCCCUCCUUCUGGGAUUGGGUCCGCAAGAACUUCUCGCUCAAGAAUGGGCACCGGGUCGAGGACCUACUGUCGGCGUGGUUGGCUGACGAGCCGAGCCUGUACGCCAAGCACCUGGAGGCGGUCUGCUUGAUCUUCGACACCCCCUCGGCCCCCUCGUUGCCACUUCUCGAGGGGCGAAUAUUUGGCAAAGCCCCGGACGAUUCCACUUUGGAUCUCCCGUGGACCAGCGAUUCCUCGCUCGGCAGGUCUCCCACGUCGAGCGAGGACGGCCCGCGCGGUUCCACCAAGGUCACUACCGCGGACGAAGAAGAAGAUGAAGCUAAGUCCGGCGGUAACGUUGCAGACGAAGAGGAAAAGGAGGAAGUGGCCUCAGUUGGAGCGAUAGCUGACAGUGAGCAAGUUGACCGAGCCAUUUCGAGUCGCUUGUUGGUGAAGGAGACUCCACUGUCCAGGACGCCGACCCGUAAACGUGCCACCACAAACCCGCCUGGGAUGAGGUCGCCCAAGAAGCCUCGCGUUGUCAUGUCGGAUGCCGGGAGAGGGUUGCCUACCAUGGGUUUGAUUUCCUCUGUCGAGGUGGCCUACCAGGACCUGGUCCGUCGCGCCCCAUGGGAACGUUACCGGACGCAAGUGUCCUUCAUCCCUCCGUCAUUUCUCGCCGAUCCCAUGUGGGGCGAUUUUCAAGCGGCCCUGGACGAUUUUUGGCGCAUUCACGCUCGGGCCGUGUGGAACCGUAUCUUCCUCCCUCGGUCAUCGACGACAGCCGAGACGGAAGUGAACCAGACGCUGGAGCCCCUGGUUGGUCUUGCGGGGCAUCUGUACCGCAACUCCCGGGCCCACGGCUUGUCCUUGUUGCACUACUUGUGUUAUCCACAUGCCUUCUGGCCUUCGUUUUUGGCGAAGGGUUUGUCCCUUCUUCAGAUGGUCCGGGCUCGCGGCGAAUCCGCCGCUUUGGACUACGUGCAGACGCAAGGGGAUAAGCUCCGGCCCGAAGUGCCCCUUCGAGUGAAAGGUCAAGCGUGGCGAGCCCCGUUCAUGCCGACCCUAGAGUUUGUGUACGGGCGUGACCUUACUGUCCGUCAGUGCCAGGCCUUUGACCCGGAUCGUACUGUCCCCUUCGACGAGGCCGAAGUCAAAGAGGCCUUGGCUUGGAUGCUCGAGGAAGCUGGUAUUUUCGGCCACGCCGCCGCGACCGAUGAAGUGUAUCCGUUUGUUGCCGAGGCGGGAUCCCGUCCGUGCGAACAGUCUCAGUGGGCCUUGAUUGAUCCCCCCAUGGGUACGAUAGCCCCUGAGGGUCCACCCGCGGUUCCUGCUACGUCCCUUCCGGCCUCGGUUUAG